AUGAAGGUUCUUUUAACUGGUGGUAGUGGCUUCAUAGGCACCCAUAUUCUGAAAGAACUGCUGAACCACGGUCAUGAGACUGUCGUCACUGUGAGGUCGGCUGCAAAAGGAAGCUUUCUGGUCAACAAGUUCAGGUCAAGUGGCAAUGUCUCCUUUGUCGUCGUCGAGGAUGUUGCUGCUCCCAAUGCGUUUGACCAAGCAAUGCAGUCGACGCCUGCCUUUGACGGAAUCAUCCAUUCCGCAUCACCAUUCCAUUUCAACAUCAGAGAUGCAAAGAAAGAUAUCCUCGAUCCUGCCAUCAACGGAACGACAAACGUUCUGACAGCGGCGGCUGAAUACGCCCCUUUUGUUAAACGGGUUGUGAUUACGUCCUCGCUCGGCGCAAUGUUGAGCAUGCCGAAUCAUCCAGAUGAGUACAACGAGACAGUCUGGAACCCCACUACCAUGGAGCAAGCUCUCAAUGACUUUGCCUUGACCUACAACGCAAGCAAAAAGUUUGCUGAAUUGGCUGCGUGGGACUUUCUGCGCGACAAGAAACCUGCAUUUUCUCUAGCCACAAUAAACCCGCCAUUCGUGUUCGGUCCUGUGAUUCACGACCUCCGAUCACUCGACAACAUCAAUACUUCCAAUGGCAGAAUCUUGAGUGCAGCCAACGGAGGCUUCAGAGACAAAAUUCCACCGACCGGGAGUUUUAUGUGGGUGGACGUGCGAGAUGUGGCGCUUGCUCAUGUCCGGGCUCUAGAGCGACCCGAUGCUGGUGGUCAUCGUUUUUUGCUCGUCUCGAGUUUCUGGACAAACAAAGAUCUGGUUGAGACAAUUGGCGUGCAAUUCCCUGGUCUGAAGGCAAACCUCCCCAGAGAAAUUAAGAGCGAUAUGCCGGACGAGAUGUUUACAUUCGAGAUCGAGCCUUCACGGAGCAUAUUAGGUCUGCAGUAUAUUCGAUUUGAAAAAAGCGUUGUUGACACUGUGAACUCGUUGUUAGCAAUUGAUCCGAGCUUGGGUCUCAAAUGA